CACACACAACACAACACUUCAAAUUAUCGUUUUCAUUGCUUCAGAGGACAAUCACACAACUGAGUAAGCAUUAUCAAUUGUUGGAUUUGCAAUAAAACUGAUCAGGGUGGAAACAAACGCAAGAAAUAUCCAUUUAUAUUCAAUAAUAUACUCACUCGAGCAUACCGAUGGGCGCCGCCAUCUUCACGGGAACGACGCGUGAGAUGCUUUUUAGAUUCCGCGCUUUCCGCGUCCGUUCCGCGGAACUUUCCCCGGGAUACUCUCCGAACGGCACAUUCGGCGGAAAUUUCAUGCCGGCGUGGAAUAUUCCCCGGGAAUCUGCCUCCCCGAACGCACCCUAAAUGGGAAUAAACGUCAGUGGAUAUUCUAUCACUGUAUAUAAAAAAUAAUUAGGUCCUGUUGCUGUUAAAAUUACCCAUAGAAUUAAAACUAAUGGGAUAAAGGCUGUGGGAUCGUUUUUGACGGAUAGACGUGUUGAAGCCUAGUCACAACUCGCAGUCAAGGUCAAGGUUACGCCAUGGACCAGGAUGACGAUCUGCCAGCAGAGGCGGCGGCGGUGGUGGUCCCGGGACCGUCCGCCGGUCCCGGGAGUGUCGGCCUCCCGUCUCCCGCGGCCGCGCCGGCGGCCCCCCACCGACCGGUGAUGGGGAUCCCGCCGGACCUGGACCACGGCGGCGACCACGAGCGGUGCACCAUGUUCGAGCCGGCGCUGUACAUCCAGCGCUACACCACCGUCUGCCGGCUGCUGGCCGACGUGCAGCGCUUCGGCGUCGUCAGGAAGGUGCUGGAUAUGGGCUGUUCCGAGAUGUCAUUUCUCCAGUUCCUGAAAAGUAUUCCAACACUGAGUGACAUAUGUCUGCUGGAUAUUUCAGAGGAGACGCUGCGCCGCCACCUGCACCGUGCCAGCCCGGGCGCCAGGGACCGUCUCGAGCGGCGGCUGCAGCCGCUGCGCGUGCGCGUCUUCUGCGGAGACGUGACGCGGCCCGAUACCCGCCUCCUGGGCUGUGACGCCGUCACCGGCAUCGAAGUGAUUGAGCACCUGGAGUCGCCGGUGCUGCGCGCGCUGCCUGCCGCCCUGUUCGGGUUCCUGCGGCCCCGUCUGGUGGUCCUAACCACCCCUAACGCCGAGUUCAACGAGCUCUUCCCCGGGUUCACCGGCAUGCGCCACUGGGACCACAAGUUCGAGUGGACCCGGGCCGAGUUCCAGCUGUGGUGCGCCGGCGUGGUAUCCCAGUACCCCGAGUACGAGGUGUCGUUUGACGGCAUCGGCCCGCCGCCGGCCGGCUCCGAGCGCCUGGGCUGCUGCUCCCAGAUGGCUGUCUUCCACCGCCGGGACGAACCCGCCGCCCCCGCCGCCGCCGCCGGGACCGGCGAGCAGCAGCCGCACCAGCUGCUCUCCGACCAUCAGUUCCCCUUCGAGAGCCGCGAGGACCGCCUGUACAACGACGUGCUGUACCACGCGCGCCAGAUCGGGUACGGUCGGGUGGAGGCGGCGGCGGGGCCGCGCCGCGAGGAGCUGGUGCCACUGGCCAUGAUCGCCGACAUGCCGUCGGUGUCGGCGGCCGGCGCCUCGCUGGACGAGCUGGUGGGUCUGCUGAGCGCGCGCGGUGAGCCGGUGGUGGUGCACGGCGGCCGGCCGCACGUGGUGUACCGGCCGCCGGCAGACGGCAGUGACAGUGAGGACGAGCUGGCCGGCGGCGACCUGCGGCCGGCUGAGCCCGCCGUGGGCCGCCAGCCGGCCGCCGGAGCCGACAGCGCCGCCGGCGACGCCAGCUACCACGACGACUGGGACAACGAGCCCAACUGGGAGCAGGAGAUCAUGGACAGCCGCUCGUGGGACUCUCACGCAGGCUGCGACUGGGACGGCCGCCCCGACCCCGUCCAGGGGUGGUCUGAGCCCUCCGAGACGGACGCCGUCGACCAUCCGCCGGCCGCCGGCGCUCCUCAGACACCAGGUUCCGUCCGACGUCUCCACGCUGCCCUGCCGGCGUACCGUCUGAUGUUGGACUUGCUCCGCGCCUGCUUCCCCGGCUGCUGGGGCGCCUCGCUGGCCGCCGCGCUGCUGCCAUCUAUUGUCGCCGAACUGAACUACAGGUGACGCGCCGCGCCGCCGCUGCCGUCUGCAGCUGAGUUCUGUGGACACCGACCCGGGGUAGGCCGGUGUGCCGAUUGUAUAGAUAUAUGCCUUGCGUUUGGCUGUGACAUGAUUGGGAAAUGUCAGGUAUUGAAGAGGGCAUCGAACAACGCAACGAGCUUACCUUUGCUGCACGGCAGGACUGGACUAUCCUUGUUUUUGCUGCUGAGCUGCGCGAAAUCACACGAAGAUGAAGUAUCACUUAAACGAUUUGCCCCACUGCUGCACUGUUUUAUGUAAUGUGUAGUUCCGCUGAAACCGUCUCAGUGUCGGGUUUCACUGCACCCGAGUGUAGGCUGUGUGCUGUGUUUUUAUUGUAACCGCUGUGAGGGCAAAGAGCAUCAUGAUCAUGUGAUAUCCAUCGUAGGUGCACACACUUCAUACCUAUGUGAAUGUUCAUUGUGCUCCUAGUAAAUUGUUGCACUGCCAUUUUUGUUCUUGAAUAUUUAUAAGCACAUCUGUUCUUAAGCAUUGCUGAGUCCAGGUUGAGACUUUCCUUAUGAUCAAGCUCACUGUUAGCGCCUUUGUUUUAACCGUCCGCGACCAAAAUCGUUUCAUUCCACUUGCGCGAGCCAUCUUGAUGAGCACUGAGCACUGCUGUUCGGGUAUUGAGGUACGGGUGGGCCGCCAGCUUUCAGUGUGCCGCGCUGAAUCGGGCCGCAAUAAACAACUUUUAUUUCUGAA